GUCUGUGAUAUUUCACCGCUCCCUCGCAUAAGGAUGGACAACUCCACCAACUUAAACUGUGGAUCCGUCAACACGGAUGUGAGCGGUGUUGCGGUCCGAGUGUCACUCUAUGCGUCGGUCACCAUCGGUUUGAUCAUGAUGCGAUGGUUUACACAUGAUAUGGACGCCUUUCAAGAUGCCGCUCGGACGUCAUUCAUUACCUCGAUAGCGCUGGUGAUCUCUUCCCUCGUAUCGCUCUACGGAGGUGCUGGCUUAGCGCUCGUGGACGCGCUCGUUGUCACUACCGUAACAUCCCUCGUCAUGGCAUACGCUUUCAUAGUCGGCUCUCAAGGCACAGCCUAUGCACGACAUAUCGGUGCGAACAAGUUCGAAAUGACAUAUACCCUCGCACUUGCUGCAGUCCUACACACUAUACUGUGGAUGGCAUUUGGCAUCGUGGUUUGGCGCGAUCCGAGCAAUUUUGGCAACGGUGCGAUCGAAGGAUGUUUUCCCAAUCCGAACCUGAAUGUUGUCUUUUGGGUCGUUGGACUUACCCUAAGUCCAACCAAUGCAUCACUUAGAGCAUUUGCAAUAUCUGAAUUUGCAAUUGGAGGUGGUCUGGGUAUUCUCUCGACCAUCGCAAGCUUCAUCUUCACCAAGCUUUCCAAAACCCAAUUUGAAGCGGUCGAGUAUGACGUGGGAAGGAUGCGUCAAACUGGGCCAAUGACGCAUCAUGGUCCUUUGCCACACUUGCGGCCGAACGGGUCUCAGGAGAACCCGCCCAUCAUCGCUGAUCAGCUCGAGGGAGGUCCUCAGGCGGUGCUCGCUGACGGAGUAGCAGGGCCGAGGGUUGAUCAAGAGAGGCGGGCCGCGAGACCAGCGAACAGACUGAUAGUUUGGCUCAACACUCCUACUGUGAAGAAGAUUGGCCUCUGGUGGAAACCUAUCGCCGGAAUUGGAGGCAUCAUCGGCUAUCUCUACUUAAUCGUAACUACCGAAAGCCUGAUCACGGUGAACAAUCAACGGGCUACCACAAACAGCUUGACAUUCGGCCAAAUCCUCUCUCUGGUCCUUCUCCUCGACCAGAUUAUCUUUCAGCCCAUGACACAAAUUUUCAAUCAUCUCCUAGAGCGAGCGGUGCAGAAACAGAAAGAAAUAAGAAGGCAAAGUAACGCAAACCGUGGAACAGGUCCUUACGAGUUGUCACCGAUAACAGCUACGCCGUCCCCAGCCGGAGAGGACGCCCUCGCGAAGUAAAUGUAAGUGAGCAGUCAGGCAAGACUAUUCCGCAGUGUAUUAAAUGUCCAUUGUUUAUCUAUUG